CUUAAAAGAAAAUGAAACUUUUAAAUGUGCUAAUCAGAGAAAUACUCUUGUUCCUUGAUUUUAAAGAUAUUCAGAAGUCCAGACUUCAUCUGGUGAAUAAGCAAUUUUAUCACAAUAUUGUAGAGGACAACGAGCUUAUCAGAAGAAUGUUUCGUAUCCACAUCCCUUUGGCACUAGAUUAUGAAAAAGAGAGGCAAUUUCAUCUAGAAAUUACUACUGCUUGCAAGAAUCUUGAAGAUGAAGAAUUAAAACAAGAUGAGAAUAACGAAAUAAGAAUCUAUGAUAGCUCAGGUUCAUCCUUACUUUCAACUUUGGCCAAUACCUACACUAAAUCUGAAAGACUCCUAUUCUUCUGUAAAAGGUGAACAGGAGGAUAUAAUAGAGAAUAUGAGGUUUUACUGAGAAUUUUUGAUUUUCCAAAAUCAUCUAAUGAUUUCUAUCGCUCUGCUCGAGGUAGAUAUCACCCAAACGGAUUACUUUGUAUUACCGGAGUUUCCCAUGGGAAAGAUACUAAAGAUCUGCAUCAUUUGUUGGAAUUAUUCAAGUUUGUCUACAAAAGCAAUCCAUCAAACUUUGAGCAUAACGAUAUUCUGGAAACUCUGGUUGAUGAUGCAAAUAUACCUAGAGAUGAAUUGGAAGAGGAACUUCAGAUGUAUGAUAAUCCCGAAAGAGCGAUUGGAUAUAAAGUGGAUUUGCUAGAGAGUUUGCUUAAUAAAGAAAUUAAUAAAAAAGUUAUCUUUGACAGUAUUAAAUUCAUUGAUCAUACAAACUGUAAUGGGACAGAGAGCCUUCAUAGUUCACUCCUUAAUGAAUGCAAGAUUAUUGAAUUUGACACUUCUCCUUAUGAUGCAUGGAUCAGACAGAACCUAUUUAUCUUGAGAAAGAUUGAGGGUUUUGGAACAAAUCGUUUUGACACACCCACCAGCUCUUUUGCAGUCUUGGUGCAUGAUUUUCCGAUGAACUGUGAGGACCACCCUCUAUCUCUGCUGAUCAAAAACAUUUACCAGCUAUUUAACUCAAAGCCAAAAUUAUCUAAAGUUAUGAACCAAGGGACUGACCAAGAUGAGAAAAAUAAAAAUUUAAAAACUCCAGAUUUGGACGAUUUCUCUCAACUCUUACAGAAAAGUUCUAAUGCUGGGCUAAUCCCAGACAUCAUUUACUCAAACAGUAGGCUGAUAGAAUUCGAUCAGAAGUUCUACUCUUCAAAGUUUGAUCCAAAGCAUUCCAACGAAGAGCAAAAGUUAGACUUCAGCAAAUCUGGAAUCGCCGAAGAAACAGAGAAAGUAGCCAGACUUUAUGAAGAAUUAGAAACUGAGAUGGAGUACUACAGACUAAGAUUAGUAUGGAUUGGAUACAAUUUACAGGAUCUUUAUUCUUCUUAUAAGUAUGAGUUCAAAGAGAUAGUUGCAGGGAGAUUUGUGACAUUUCUUGUGCUAGGCUCUGAACACACAAGUCAUAUAGAUGAGUGAUUUGAAUUCCCAAACAUCCAACUUUAUGGGCACUUGAUUCCCAGUAUUCUGCAAUUCCAGUCAUAAUAUUCAAUCUGAA